AUGAUAUUGAAUAAUAUACAACAAUUAAUAUAUUCAUCAACUAAAUCAUCAUCUUCAUCAUUAAUAAAAGUUAUAACUAUAAUAAACACAACAAAGGAAUUAUCAUUAAGUACAUCUAAAGUCACACGAUCUUACAAUUUAACAAAACAAAGAUUUAAUCAACGACGAGCAUUUCAUUAUACUAAUACUAAUAACAAAAACAGAAGCAACAACUAUAAUCGUAAAAAAUACACUCAUUUGAAUUCAGGUCUACCAAUGAUCUCAUCAAUUUAUAAUUAUUUAUUUCCAACAUCAUCAAUAAAUUCAAAUAAUUCUUCAAAUUCUUUAAUUCAAGAAAAAAAUUAUUCAACAAAUAAUCCAAAUAUUUCAUUAGAUUUUAUAAAAAAUUUUCAUCCUAGAUUAAUUACAAUUUUUCAACAAUUAGAUUCAAUUGCUCCUCGUUUUUUAUUAAAUCAUGGUGAUAUUGAAAUUUUAAAUGACCCCAAGCAAUUUUAUCAAACUUUAAAAAAUAAAAUAGCCAGUGCAAAACACAGAAUAUAUUUAUCUUCUUUAUAUAUUGGAAAAAGUCAAACUGAAUUAAUACAAUGUUUAGAUGACGCCUUGUCGGCUAAUGAAAAUUUAAAAUUAUAUAUAUUAACAGAUGCAUUACGUGGAACAAGAGAAGCUCCAAAUAAUAUUUGUUCAGCUUCAAUUUUAGUACCAUUAGAAAAAAAAUUUGGUAAAAAUAGAGUAGAUAUUAGAAUGUAUCAUACUCCUAAUUUAUCAGGUAUAACAAAACAAUUAACUCCAAAACGUAUAAAUGAAGGUUGGGGUUUACAACAUAUGAAACUUUAUGGUUUUGAUGAUGAAAUUAUUUUAAGUGGUGCUAAUUUAUCACAAGAUUAUUUUACUGAUAGACAAGAUAGAUAUUAUUUAUUUAAAUCUUCUAAAUUAACCAACUACUAUUUCAAAAUUCAUGAAGCUAUAGCAUCAAUUUCUUAUCAAAUAAAAUAUACAACAAAAUUAAAACAAGGUUUCAAAUUAAUUUGGCCAACAACUAAUGCAUCCUGUGAACCUCAUUUAAAUUUACAACGAUUUAUAAGUGAUACUUCAUUAUUAUUAUCACCAAUUUUAAAACAACAUGAAUUAUCAUCAUUUGAUGAAUUUAAAGAUCAUGAAAAUUUUGAUACAAUAGUAUACCCCGUUUCACAAUUUACUCCAUUAUUUCCAUCACAACAAGAUUUAUCUACAGAAAAACCAGCAAUUUUAAGAUUAUUAUCAUUUUUAGAUUCUCCCAAUAUCAAAUGGUGGUUUACUGCAGGUUAUUUUAAUAUGUUACCACAAAUUCAAGAUCGUUUAUUAAAUGGUAAAGCUCAAGGUAAAGUUAUAACAGCUUCACCAAAAGCAAAUAGUUUUUAUAAAUCUCCUGGUAUGAGUUAUUAUUUACCUGAAGCUUAUUUAUUAUUUGCAAAAAGAUUUUUAGAAUCAAUUAAAAAAUUAGGAAAGGAAUCCUUGAUUACAGUAUAUGAAUGGCAAAAGGGAGUAGUUAAUACUCCAGGUGGAUGGACUUAUCAUGCAAAGGGUUUAUGGAUUACAGUACCUGAAGAAGAUGAACCAAGUAUAACAGUAAUUGGAUCAUCAAACUACACCAAAAGAGCAUAUAGUUCAGAUUUAGAAAGUAAUGCAAUAAUAAUAACCAAGGAUCCACAAUUAAAACAAAAAAUGAAACAAGAAAUUAAUCAUUUAAUGGAAAAUGCAAAUGAAUUAACUUUAUCUGAUUUUCAACCUAAAAAAAUUGGAAGUUUAAAAAAUGAUGCAACAAAUAGUAAUAUUAUUAUAGAAGAUCCAAUAUCUAAUGAAGAAGAAGAUUUAGAAAAAAAUGCUAAAUAUGUAAUUGAUGAAGAUAGAAAAAUUAGUUAUGUAGUUCAUUUAGCUGUAAAAGUAUUAAAUAAUAAAUUGUAA